UUAAACUUGAGUAGAAGAAGAAGAAGAAGAAGACAACACACCGUUACAGAUAGAAUACGAGCUGUUUGCUUGUUACUGGAGUUUUCAAAUCACUAGUGUUUCAGCCAAACUUUAGUUUGAAAGUGGCGUCUCGUUCUGCUGUUAUAAUGGAGGAUACAAACCGAUCUUCUUAUCUGGACGAGCCGCCGAACAGUCGACUGUUUCUCGUCACCAGUAAAUCCAUAACAGAAGAUGUCAUCCGAGAUCGUUUCACAGAUUUCGGGGAGAUUCAGGACAUCUUGCAGGUGCGAGACAAACAGACGAGAGAGUUGAAGGGAGUUUCGUUUAUAAAAUUCGCCAAAUCUUCUCAAGCUUGCGUUGCUAUGGAGGAGAUGCACGGAAAAUGCCUGGCCGAGGGAACCAAACCUAUAAAGGUGUUCAUCGCGCAAUCCAGAUCUUCUGGAAAUCACCGGGAUGUGGAGGACGAGGAGCUCACCAGAAUAUUUGUAAUGAUCCCAAAAACCUUCACAGAGGAGGAUCUGAAAGAAACUUUUAAGGAGUAUGGAGAUAUAGAGUAUGCUAUCGUCAUAAGAAAUAAGAGCACAGGUGAAAGUAAAGGUCUGGGGUAUGUGAGAUACCACAAACCUUCACAGGCUGCCAAAGCCAUCGAAAACUGCGAUAAGACUUUUAGAGCGAUUAUAGCUGAGCCCAGAAACAAGAAUGCUUCAGCAGACAGCGAGUACGUCCCAAACUCCAGAGCGGAUCACGACCGGAGUGAUCCCGGCCCCAGCACUUAUGCAUUUGCACAUGAAUCUACGAGUUACGCCACAGGAGAUGCGUGGAACCCUGACAUCAUCACACGCUGCCUGAUGGUAACGUCACGCGUAGCCGUAACGCAGGAGCAGAUAUACGGCCUGUUUGAUCUUGUCCCAGGAAUGGAUUUCUGUGAGAUGCAGCGAGACCAAUAUGGCUUCAGCAAAGGUCAGAUUUUGAUCCGCUAUAGUAAUCUGGGCUCUGCGGUUUAUGCCAAAGAGAAGCUAAAUGGCUUUGAGUAUCCGCCUGGUAACCGUCUAUCAGUAACAUAUAUAGAUGACGGAGAGGACAAAUCCAGUCUCGUGGGCAGAAUGGCCAUGCAGUUGGUGGCCGCUCAGAUGAUGUCUGUGGUUUGGAACGGACCCUCCGGUACACAACUUAUGAAGAGCAGCAUGGGCUGUGCAGCGCCUUCUGUACCUCCCGUACAUCCCAAACCCCCCAAACCCCGUGUACAGACAGAUGUACCUCUGCCUCCUCUGAAGAAACUGGCCCCGUCUGAAAGUGUGGCUAGAGAGAGACUCUUUGUGAUAUUCAACCCUUCACCUUUGCCUGUAGAUGUGCUGGAGGAUGUGUUCUGUCGUUUUGGUUCCCUGAUUGACGUUUACUUGGUUCCGGGUCGGAACGUUGGAUACAUUAAGUUUGCCGACCGGAAAUCUGCUGCGGAUGCCAUAGCAAUGCUGCAUGGUAAAGUGGUGAACGGGGUCAGGAUGAAGGUCUUGCUGGCAGACCCGCCGAAAGAGGAGUCGCAUAAACGCCAGAGAACUUACUGACCUUUGACCCUCAUAGGUAAGUCAGCUCAAUAGGUAAGAUACUGUGAAAUACUUCAAAUAUUUAUGAAUGGAUCAAGCUUCUGAUAUCCGCGCCUGUCUUCUGCUGUGUAAGCAACACUGUGUGAUCAUUGAGUGCACGAAGUGUCCAGCGUUUAUAUUACAAAUGAUGUAGAAUAGUGCAUUAGUGUGCGAUUUGGGAUGUUAAUUACCAAUAUCUGAAACCUCAAUUUAAAUUUGAUGAAGCUUUACAUUUAUGUAUUGAUCAACUUAUACAUUAUUAGACAUGCCUUAGAUCAAUAAUGGAAUUUAUUUAGAUGUAAUAAACAUCCUGGCCAAUUCAAUUUCCGAAUGGAGCCCAUUGUUAAUUUAUGAUUUUUUUAAAUUGGGUCUGAACCUGUUUUGUAUACUGUUAUGUAUGCCUUCCUUUUCUUCAGGAAAGAUGAUGCUUGGAGAAAUAAUCCUCUACAUUAAUAAUGUUUAAACAGUUUAACAUCUCUUGACUUUCUAAAUCACUCAAUGGCUAUGUUUACAUGCACUAAAUUUAGUCAAUCCGACUAAAUUUAUUCUGAUUGCAGUUUACGACUAUACAGUUAACAUGCAUCCUAAACUAGGGCUGUUUUCGACUACGGAUUUUCAUAGUCGAACCUUUUUUUUUUAGAUAGCAGCUAGGGCUGUCGAGGUAAAGGAAUUCCCCUUGCGGUGAUUUUGCGUGACUCACUAACGCUAUGCUGUUUAACCGCCUUAAUUUACUAAAAUAAAAUUAUUAUUUAAAUCCAGAACAAUGAGGUACACCGGUGUAGAAGCAGGGUUGGCUACAUGUCUUUCCCCUUAUGAGAAAAAGAAUAACAAGCUAUACUACAGCUA